UUGGGCUGUAAACAGGUUUUCACAUCAGAUUUGAACUGACAUUUUUUCCUCCUGUAUUAUAAGGAUAUAUUAUCCACGCCCAUUAUAAGGCAGCUACUACCUAUUAUUUUCAAGUUUGGAAAUCUUAAAAUACACACACAACUCACACACUCUUACACACCUCUCAGCCUUCUCAUCCGAGCCUGGUCCAGCCUGGUCUUGCCUGCUCCACUCCCCUGGACAGGAUUCAGCUCCCAGACGAAAGGAGGAAUAUGACAGCUGAGACACUUAACUUCGGCCCAGAAUGGCUCCGUGCACUUUCCAGUGGAGGCAGCGUGACUUCCCCUCCUCCCUCUCCUGCUAUGCCAAAGUACAAGCUGGCCGAAUAUCGCUAUGGCCGAGAGGAGAUGUUAGCACUUUAUGUCAAAGACGACAAGAUUCCAGAGGACAUGCAGGAUAAGGCUUUUGCUGCUAUUCUGCAGGAUGAGUCUCAGCAGCCUCUGGCACUGGUGCCCCUUACUGAAGAGGAGCAGCGGAAUUUCUCCUUGUCCGUCAACAGUGUAGCUGUUCUGAGGCUAAUGGGUAAAGGGGGUGGGGCCAUUCCUGCUGGCAUUGCUCGUGGCAGAGGCAGCGUGAGAGGUGGCCGAGGCAGAGGCCGUGGUGAAGGUGGGUUCUACCAAAGAAGUCCUGAAGAAGAAGUGGGAUUUAGCAGAAAUGUUAGAGAGAUCCACCGUAGCCAAAGCUGGGAUGACCGGGGUGAGAGGCGUUUUGAGAAGCCCCUGCGUAGAGAGGGGUUACGUGUUGGUUUUGAGGAGGUGAGCUCCGUGGUAAGAAAGGAGUUCAUGCGCUCUGACAGUGAUAACUGGCGCACACUGAGAGAGGAGCAUGAGCAGGAGGAAGAGGGCGACACCGGCGGAAGCUGGAGACUGGCUGGCUCACGUCGAGAUGAUGGUGGUCCUCGCUCAGCAGGCUGGCGGGAGCAUGGCGAGACUCGCCGCAGGAAGUUUGACUUUGACUUCCGGGAUGGAGGGAGUGAAGGGGGCAGAAGAAGGACAGGAAGUGAAGGUGCUGAGGAAGAAAGAGAUGGGUUACCUGAGUGGUGCACAGAUGAAGAGGAUGGGGAAAUGGGCACCUUUGACUCCUCUGGUGCUUUCAUGUCAUUUAAGAAGGGCCCCAAGGACCCUAUUCCAGAAGAGGAGUUUGAUUUCCAGGGUGUAGAAGAUGAGGAUGAGUUUGGUACAGAAGCAGAGAGGAAAAACGGCAGUGUUGGAGAGAAAACCGACAGCGAUGAGACUGAUUUGGCAGCUGUGUCUGAGGUAGAGGUAAAGUCUCUCCCUCCCUCCUCUCCUUCUCCUCCUCCGUUCCUCACUGCUCUUCAGGCCGAGCCCACUCCCUCUGUUGCCCCCACAGCUCCGGAGGAUCCUCAGCCUUUGCCUGCCAUAGCCAGCAAGAUGCCAAGUGAAGUAGUGUUACCAGAACCUGUGUCCGAGCUGAGCCCGAGUGCCUCCUCCAGUCUGCCUUCAUCCCCUCCUUCAUCUUCCUCUGCUGCUACUGAUCUCCCACUAACGGGGGGUGACCCUGAGGAUGAUGAGGGAUUGAAGCACCUGCAGCAGGAGGCAGAGAAAAUGGUUGCAGCUCUUCAGGACACAUCUCCGGAAGAAGAGUGUUUUACCCAGACACUGCACGAAAGCAGAAACACUGCAGCUGCCCUGCCUCUCUCCCAUGAUUCUGCCAUGAAGUGGUUCUACAAAGACCCACAGGGAGAGAUCCAGGGCCCUUUUAGCACUGUGGAGAUGUGCGAGUGGUUUCAGGCAGGCUACUUUAGCAUGUCUCUGCUGGUGAAGCGGGGCUGUGACGAGGGCUUCCAGCCUCUGGGGGAUGUCAUUAAAAUGUGGGGCCGUGUACCCUUCGCCCCCGGGCCCUCCCCACCACCGCUGCUGUGUAAUCUAGAUCAGGAUAGGCUGAAGAAGCAGCAGGAGUUAGCUGCGGCUGCAGCACUCUACCAGCAACUGCAACAGCAACAGCAGCAGCAGCAGCAGCAGCAGCUAUUUCAGCUCAUUAACAGGUGCGGAGAGCAGGGUAUGAUGCCUUCGAUGAACAGAUCAAUAUCAGUGCCAGAUACAGGGUCCAUGUGGGACAUGCAUACCUCAGCCUCACAGCCAACAGGUGGUGAGGCCAUUCUAUGGGACUUACCAAUGAAUUCUUCAACUCAGGGUCCAAUUCUUGAACAGCUUCAGAAGCUCCAGGAGAGACGAGAGGCUGAACUCAGGGCGAAGGAGGAAGAGCGAAAACGAAGAGACGAAAAAAGGAGGCAGCAAGAAGAACAGAAGAGGAGAGAAGAGGAAGAACUCUUUAGGCGCAAACAGGAGCUGCUGGUGAAGCUGCUGCAGCAAGCUCCGCGUCAGGGUGCUUCAGGCUCAGGAUGGAGCGGAGGCCCCGUGCCUGGACUGGGAAAGCAGAACAAGCCCAUGAAUGUGAUGGAUCUUCAACAGGAGGCAGAAAGGGUCUACAAACAACAGCAUAGAGCCCAGCAGCAACAAAGAUGGGCUCCUGAUGGUGUGGGUUCUCUGUGGGCAUCUGGUGGCAUGGAUGGGAAGGCACCAGGGGGAAGCAGUCCCUCAGGAGGGAGCAUGGGUGUUUGGGACGAGGCUCUUAAGAACCAGAGUGCCAUUCGCAGCAACAUGGGCCUGAAGAACAGUCGCAGCAGCCCAUCGCUCAGUAGUACAGACCCAUACAUGAUGAUCAACCGACGCAAGCGGACAGAGGACGAAGAGCGCUUGCUGAAGCUUCUGCAGGGGAUGAAGACUCAGGAUGGCUUUACCACAUGGUGUGAGCAGAUGCUGCAUGCUCUUAAUACCUCUGCCAACAACUCCAACUCCUCCCUGGAUGUGGCCACCAUUGUAGCCUAUUUAAAGGAGGUGGAGUCACCGUAUGAGGUCCUGGACUUUAUUCGCUCCUACCUGGGGGACACUGUGGAAGCCAAAGAGUUUGCCAAGCAGUUCCUGGAGCGCCGUGCCAAACAGAAAGCCAACCACCAGAGACAGCAGCAGCUCUCUAAAGAUGUUGGUGGGCUUACCAUGAACAACUUUGCUCUGCAGGAUUCUAUGAGGGGGAUGAACCCAGCCACUCUGCAGUCCGUGUUCCAGGCAGUGCAUUCUGGGAAGGGAGGCAUGGGCUAUGACCAGGCAGGAAAACUGAAGAAGAAACAACCCAUGAUGCUUCACUCUGAUCCAAGCAUUUUAGGAUACUCAUUCCAUGGUGCAGGGGAUCGGAUGAGCCUGAGCGAGAUGGAGAUGGUGGAGGAUUACUGAGUCCACAGCAAUAGCUACCUGAGGCCUUUUAUCCGCGGGUCCAACUAAUCAGACUCCGCAAGUUCAAUGUGCACUGCUGGGGUUCGGGUGGGGCGGGAGGGGUGGGAGGGAGAGCCAGUAUAUACAGAGAGGGGUGUGUGUGUAUGAGGUAGAAGGAGGAGAAUAAGAGGAGACUGUAUUUGAAGUAGAAAUGGGUAAAAUGUUAUUGGAGCAGUCAUCCUCCUUUACUCCCAUUAGAGCUUCAGGCUCCCACAGUGCCCGACUGAUCAGGAGGUAGAGUGAUGGGGAACGGGGUGAUUGGGUUUUGUGGGGGUGAAUAAACUUCUGGCACUUAAACCAAUAAGCACCUUACUUAUACUAAUGCACUUUAUAAAGGCGGUAUACGGAUAGGGGUGGUUGUGUUUUGUUUUUUUUUAGUUUUUUUUUUCUUUUAAAGAUUUUACAUGUAUAAGUAUGUGGUAUGGAUUCAGAACUAUUCCCACAUAAAUAUAUAUACUAUGUGUGUAUAGUGUUAGAACUGGAUAAUGCAAGAGCAGUGGUAGAGAAUCAUGAGGGACCGUCCUUUUUGUUCAAACCGUAUCAGAAAAAGACAAAUUUCUCUUUAAAGACAAACACUGUUUUUUUUUUUUAUUAAAAAAAGUUUAUAUAAAAAGCUAUAUAAAAUAACAUUUUGCUCAAAACUUGAAAUUUGCACUUGUAUAAAAAAAUGAGAAAAAAAAAAAAAAAAAAUGGUUUAGUAUAUAUGUAAUGGAGAUUAAUAUUUUUGUGCGAGUCAGUGAGCGUAUGAGUGUGUGUUUCAAGCAUAACAGUCUGCACAAUUUUUUUCGCAUUGCUUAUCAAGAUACCAAGAUGUGUGAAAUGACACAAACGGCCAUUCAGUGAGUUUUCAAGCAAAUCACAGUUUUGUAUUUCAUGAGAAUGUGAGUGGUGAAAAUUUAUGUCGUGAGAACGUGUGAGUUUUGUAGAUUCGCAGAAUGUUAAAUUGAUCGAGGGGGACAGAGGGCAGUGGCACAACCCAUCCUUUCUUUAUUGCUCGUUUCCUCAUCCCCUGAUUUAAAAGCUGUAGAUGCAACCAGUGGAAAGCUUUAGCUUCUUUUACAUAUUUUUGCAUGCAUUUUUCCCUUUCCUUUUUCACUCAUACCAGUGCCUCUAGUAGGCUCAUGGGCCAAGUACUGAGGGUUAUCGUGUAUGUCUGCAGCUGAGCGAGUGCGUGUGUAGUACAUGGAAGUGUGUUUGUGUGCGCUUGUUUCUGUCCACACAUGUGCCUAGGAACUUAAAGGGCGAGUGGUUGGAGUUCAUUGCUGCCAUUAAGACAUUAUUUUCAGGGGUGUGUGCUUAUACAUGGACACCACUCUCCCAUGCUUAUAAACAAAGAGCUUUGUGCACUACGCGCACCAUUCUCUGUAGUUUUUCUAGUGUAGCCUAGAGACAGUCCAUAAUGGGUUGUCCACUAUUCGGGGAUGUGGCUUACAUUGCCUUUUUUGUCCACUCUCUUACUCCUAAAUGAGUGACUGACUGGCUUAAAUAGAUCCCAUCAAACUGUGCAAGUGCACCAAACUGUGCACAAAAAUGUUCAUAUGUUACUUGUUUGUUAUUGUUGUUAAUGAUGACUUUAUGGCGAAUAUGAAACUAAUAUACACAUGUAAUACAGACAAAAGUAUUUGGACUAUAAACGAGCACUUGGGGCUGCUACAUUUUUUUUUUUUCAAUUUAAUGGUUUUCCUUUAGUUUAUAGUUUCAUUGCCACCAUGUGAAGUGUGUUAUGUCUUUCUUAAGUAAAACAAUGAAUGUAUUCCAAAAAAGGUGAAAAACUAAAAAGCCGGAUUUUUAUUCAACGCAGAAACGGAGGCCUAGUCGGACUUUGAGAACAAAGAAAAGACACGGUCGUCUUUUUGCUCAGUAAGCUGAUGGAACGGCUAUGGCUAGAAGACACUGCCUUUACAAUCCUGUUCAUACAGACAUUCUGACUAUGAAAGUGAAAAAGUAAAAGAAAUAUUCCAUACUGGAGUUUCGGUUGUUUACAGAAAAACACUUGGACUUUUCUGGGUGCAUUUUUUUUCUCAUUUCGGAGAAACUCAGAAAUGGUCAGCUCAGAAACAUUUGAGGAGGCGGGGCUGUAGUAAUCACAUAACAGCACAUCCCUUCCUCCUGUAGUGAAAUAUGUGUUGCAUAAAGAAUGAUUGUGUCUCCAAAUUUGUGACUUUGUGACGAAUUUGUGGGGAUUGGGUGCUGGAGUCAUUACAGAGUUGACCAUGUUUGUUUACUGAAUUUGUUUUUGUUUGUUUGUUUGUUUACUUUUUUGCCUGUUUUUUUUCCCUUUUUUUCCAGUGGAUUUAUAUGUUUUUUAUUCAGUGAGAAGUGGUUCUUGAUCAUGGAAAAGAGCAAAAUCAAAAGCAGCACAGACCAUUUUUGGUACUUAAAUGCACGAUUGCCAUUGUUGAUGCUUUAACGGUUUUCUUCCCCAGAGUAGCUAGAACUGGAGUCUAGAUUUUAUUUCCUGUUUGCUAUCGAAAAAAUGGAUUUUUGUCUAAGAUUUAAAAAGUACAGACACAAAUGAAAGAAAAUUUGGCAUAUGUGUGUAAAACCUCAGCGUCUACUCUUUUUUUGGUUUUGUUUUUUGGACUGUAAAUAGCCUUUCUGUUUCCACAUGGGUAAUGGGAGUGUCACGGCAGUUGAUUUGUGAUCCUUAUGAAGAUAACGAAUAAACGCAAACUGCCUCGAUGUUCUCACUCACUAUGCACUUUUCACAUGCUCGAAACUGUGAGGACCCUGUGGGGACAUGAAGAGGAACACAACGGAACUGUGGGUAUUGUUGAAUUAUGACUGGACACUUAGGAUCAGCAAAAAAAAAAACAGGAUUUUCACUCCCUGUGUGCAUGUACAUAGAGGAUUUUGACUGGACACAUGCUUGAUUACACACCAAUGAAGUAGGCUAAUAAGACAUCAGACAUUGUGAAUGUUGUUUAAGGACUUAAAAUUCUACUCCGUCUUCGGCAUUGUUAACUAAACCCUGGUUCUCUAGAGAUUUCCUUCGAACAAUGGACAUGCUCAUGAUGCCGGACUGCCCAUCCAGAAGGAACAUCUAUUAACUGCUCGAUUCUGGGUGCAGGCUGACAAACAGAAAUCAGAGGCCUGGAUUUUUGGAUAUUUGUGGAUUGUAUAUUCAGGUGAAUUAAAAAAAGACUAAAAAAAGAAGUAGAGUACAAGAAGAAUGGAGGACAUGAAUCAGGCUGCUGUCCAGCUGUGGAUUUGUGGUAUUAAAUGGAGUUGCCUGUCACUGCACCAACAGAACUGUCAAACCAGUAUUCCAGACAUUUUGAAGAGGAUUGUGGUCAGUUCUUUUUUUUUUUUUCUUCUCUUUCUUCCUUCUCUUUCUUCCAUCUCAUCGUUUUCCUCUGCUGUCUGACCACUAAAGCUACAUGCCACCUGACGUCCACUUCUUCGCAGAACCCUGUACAAUGACUGAACUGUGGAAAGAAGAGAGGUGUGCAGAUCUACCCUUCAUUUUUUUUGCUGGCCUUCAUCGCAGGUGCCUAAAAAAAAGGGAGAGCCGAAUGCAGAAAACACUGGAUACUGGAACUUUGGAACAGCUGAAACUUGUACAGACUAGCAGCCCUACAUACAUGGCUAACCCACACACCUGCUGAGACAUGCACGGCACACGUUCAGCAACACCGGUGUAAAUUUAGCUUCCAGCAACUGCAGUCUUAAUUAAACCAUAUUCAACCAUACAAAGACUUUGUUGCUUUGGCAAUGGGCUGCUCUAUAAUUGGUGCAAAUGGGAUUACUGCUUUUCUUUGUGGUUGUGAGAUUUCCUAAGUUCUUUCCUUAAUGACAUGCCUUAACUGUACAGACAAGCCCAUGUUUGAUCUGAUCAGGUUUUGUUAAUGGAAUUUUACAUAAAUAUUAAUCCUUAAACUAAUCAAGUCAUGAACUAGAUCAAAAGCUUUGGUUUAGGAUUAGGUGUAAUGUAUGUUUCUGGAAAAAAACACAGUCAAUGAGCCCUUCAUUUUAACCAGAUUGAAGAAUCUGGCCAUUUGUUUUUAAAUUUCAUUUUCUCCCAAUGUAGUCACUAAUGUCAGCUACCAAUCUGGUAGGAUAAGGGGUAGCUCAUAGACACAUGAAGCCAACCAUCACCUCUUUUUGAGCUGCAGCUCAUGCAUCAUUAUUAGGCACAAGAUCGUGCUUGGGUAGUUUAAUUGAUAGCAAGGAUGGAUGCCAUCCCUGAUCUCAUGGACUCCCAAACACCAAGUGCUUAAGCAUUGUUUGGGAUUGUUGUUAUUGUCUGUCACCAGGUCUGUCUGAAUAGUAAGUGGUUUCAUUAUGACCGACACUUUAACUGGGCAUGUUGAAACUGAUUAGUGAUUUGUGAUGGUACUGAAACAAAAUCUACACAAGUUUGCUUGACAGACUUGCCUUAUUUAUCAGCACUUGCCUUGUAGCAGCAGUGUAAAAUUUAAGAAGCAUUUACAUUUGCGGCAUUUAGCAGACACUUUAUCCAAAGCAACUUAUUUGUGGGUAAAGGGCCCAGUAUUGGCAACUUUUGAAGUUGUGUAACUUGAACCAGUGACCUACCAAUUAAUGGUCCAGUACCUUAACCGCAAAAGCUUAGACUGCCCACCAGAAACAAAUGGUGAAAACCAAGCUUGGCUGCUUGACUACAUUUUGACUGAAAUGAGAAGAUUGUACAUUAGACCCUAUUCAACCCCCCUCCCAGUCUCCCCACUAUUGUAAACCCUUUUCACUCUGUAAUGUCCACCUAUCCUAUUAGUAUCUCCAUUUAUUCAAGACAAGCGCCAGUUACUAAGAUUUGAGCUGCAUUACGGUUAUACGUUGUGGCAUUGCUCAUAAAUUAAAACGCCUUUUCUUUAUUGAGCUAUUAAAAAUGGCAUUGCUUUGUAGUUUGGCUUCAAAGGCUGCAGAUUGUAUUCUAGGUUUUAUGCUCUCUUGUGGUGGUGAUAGGUUGGUGGAUUAUCUUCGUUGAGGGGCUCUGUUAAGAAUAUAUCUGCAAGACUGCAAGAAAAAGGAUAAAUGCAGGCUGCACUAACUAUAUUGGCAUUGAGUUUUAAUCAUAAAUUAACCAUUUAAAGCCACACUGAAUAAUAGUUACAGGGACGUCAGAACCUUUUAGGAUUUCUUAAGUAUGUCUUAAGUCUUGGUCUUUGGAUAAAGCGAGAAAACAAAAUCAGUAUUUCAGAGUUCGAAUCAACUCUUUUUGCCAUGCCAUUUGCAUGUAAAGGCCUUAUUGGUGCAGACGAGACAAUGUUAUUUUUGGCUUUUCAUUCUGGAUGUCGGAUUUGCCCUGUACAUAAAAUGAGAUAACAUUGAAAUCAUAAACUGAUAACGUCCUGAUUAAUCUGACUGUAAAUAGUUUGGGUUUUUGUUUGUUUGAGAAGAUAAAUACUAAAUAAACUCAAUAUUAAGA